AUGGCCUUACACAACGAUAGGAAUUAUGGUGACUUCAUUCCGGUUAAAAGAUCUCUUGGUGGGGUGUGGUCUAAUAUUGUGCAGGUGCUGAAUAUAACGGUAGUCGAAGGUAUCCAAUUAAAAAAUUAUUUUAAAGUGGCGGUUGGCAAUGGGGAGGAGACCAGUUUCUGGCUGGACCAUUGGAUCGGUCCGAAACCCCUAAAGGAUUCAUUCCCUCUUCUGUUUAAUAUUGAGGAAGUUAAGGACUGUAAUCUCAAUUGCUGCUUGGGUAACCGGAACGAUAUGGUGCGGCUGAAAUGGAGAUGGAAGAGGCCUUUAUCGUCGGAAGCUGAAAUAAAUGAAAUGGUGGGAUUAUGUUCGCUGUUGUCUCAAGUCGAGCUGAACCAGGAAAAGGACGAGUGGAAAUGGUUCGGACCUAGCGCUAUUGUUGAUCCGGAUUUCAGUGUUCGUUUGGUGAGGCAGCUCCUCGAGAGUGGUUCGAAUCGUGGUGUCAAUUAUGUUCCGGAGCGGUGCAAGUGGAUCCCCGACAAGUGCAACAUCUUCAUUUGGAGGGCGGAGAUGGGAAAAAUUGCUACGGUCGAUGCUCUAAAUAGGCGUAACAUUGACGUGGGAACGGUUUGUGGGUUAUGUGGUGAUGGAGAAGAGAGCGUCGAUCAUCUCUUCACAUCUUGUGAUGUGGCGUCAUUGCUUUGGGCGUACAUUUGUAAUUGGUGCAGGUGUGCUAAUAUAGUGGCUUUCUCCUUUAAGGAUUUGAUUGAGUUCCACAAUCAUUCUGGCUUUGAAGGGAAGAAGAAAGAUGUGCUCAAAGGUCUCAUUAGAAUCGGUUGUUGGGUGGUUUGGAGAGCUAGGAACGAAUCAAGAUUCAAGAAUUCUGAGGUUAACUUGAAUCACAUCUUUGGUGAAGUUAAGAGGGUGGGCUUUUUGUGGUUUUCGUCUAGGAAAAAAUGUGUGUCUACGUCUUGGAGUGAUUGGUGUAAAUUUGUAAAUCUGUAA